CACACCUCUCACAUGGAAACAGUUCUUGAACAAGCUACAAAACAUACAUCAGUAACAUUACAUUUCACUACAAAACACACUAAAUAGCUCAAGUGGAUGCCUCUUUUUAGCCCACUUUGUUAAAAAAUAGUUCCCUUUUUUGAUUCAUCCUGUUGCUACUUUCUACACUCCACUCCUGAAAUCCCAUAACAAACCAACUCAACUCAACUCCACUGCUGUCUUAUCACCACCUUCUCCUUCAUUUGUUUAUAGGCCUUGAGAUAGGUAUCUCUAGACUAAAGCUAAGAUUGUGUCUCUUGUAGCCUGGCUUUUUGAUUGGAAUUCUACCAGAGUUGAAGCUUCUUUGUCCUCCAUAAAGUGAAGGGGAAAAGAGACUAUCUUUUCUUGAGAAGACAACUACAUGCCAUUCUUCUUUUUCAUUUUCUUAUAAAAAAUGUCAUGUCUAUUUCCACUAUUCUUGGUUUUCCCAACCUCCACCAAAACCUGGCCCAAACCAAGUCAGUUGGAUGGGUUUUGUCCUUUGCCUACUUUUGUAUCUAUCUUUCUUGUGAAAACCCAUCUCUCAGAAUCUUAAUACCUCUAUCCCCCACAUACCAACCAAGCCAUCCUUCUCAUUCAUUCUUUUUAUGCAUUUUUCCCAGCUUCCCUUACUUAUUAUACUAUCAUCAUUUAAGAUUCACUGCACUUUUGGGUUCUUCUUCCUUUGCCAACAAGGGCCAGGGUUAGUGGCUUUCAAGAACCUCAUUGAUUUUCCUAAUGAUCAGGCUUUUGUGCAUUUUACUUUGCCUCACUCUAACCCUUGUUCUCUCUCAAGCAAAAAAUGAUUCCAUUGCUUCUUCAUCCAACUCCAGCCCUCCUGUGUUAUCUCCACCAUUACCCCAGAAUGAGAAUUCGAAUUUGAAUUCGAGCCAGAAUCAAAACAAACCGCCAUUGAAACCAAGCAUACACAUAAUUGUGGGUGCAAUUAUCUCCGCUUUCUCCAUCACAUUCCUCAUAUUUCUCUAUAUCAAACACUGCAAAACCGCAAAUGAUGCCUACCCCAGCAAUUCAAGAACCAGCACAGACCCUUACACUCAUCGUAAAAACUCCGGAAUCGACCCUAACAUCAUAGACCUCCUCCCAGUCUUCCGCUUCAGCUCACUCAAAGGCCAAAAAGACGGACUAGAAUGCGCGGUCUGCUUAACAAACUACGAGCCCUCAGAAGUCCUACGAUUACUCCCAAAAUGCAAGCACGCAUUCCACGUUGAAUGUCUCGACACAUGGCUAGACGCUCACUCCACUUGCCCACUCUGUCGCCACCGAGUCGAGCCCGAAGACGUGCUCUUAAUCGAGCACAACAAACCCACAAUCCUCCCUCAAAACCAGCCCCAACUCAACCCCCUCCAAGAUCAAGAACUCAUUGCGGCAUUUCAUCGAACAUCUGGCCGCCACUCCUCAGCCGGCGAAAAGGGCACCACCAAACCCCUCCAAAUCACCGUCCAAAAACAAAUAACCUCCCGUCUCUCCCUCGACAGUUCAAUAACAUCGGGUAAACAAGUAGUAUCAAGCUCCGUCUCAAUCGGCUGCUUCGAAAAGCCCCGAAAAGACGAGCUCUUGCUCGAAACAAGCCACCAACUAGACCAUCGUCUCCACCACCGCAUCAUAGUCUCCUCCGCCGACGUCAGCCACCAGCGAUGGAGCGACGUCAGGCCGUCGGACUUGCUCUACAUAAAGUCGGAGAUGUUGAUGAGCGAGAGCCGGAGAGUGUCGGCGGCGUCGGAGAGAAGCGAGGGGGGGAGUGGCAAAAUGGUAAAUAAAGAGAGAAGUGUGUCGGAAAUAAUAAGUAGGAAGAGGUUGAUGAGUAAUGAGGUACAACAGCAAAGACAGAGACAGCAAGAGGGCUUCGUUUCGAGGUGGUUGGCUUGGGUUUCUGAUACUACGAAUCAUCAUCAUAGUAAUAAUACCAUUUUACCCCCACCUGUUUUACGCUCUGCUCUUGAUCCCUAGUUUUUACCGCGGUAGAAUUUUUUAGCGGUAGGUACGUGUAUGUUCGGCUCAUCUGUAUACAUGAUUAUACACAGAUUUAUUUUAGUCCAACGAGGUGAUUAGUUUACGGGAUAUAAUUGGGAUUAACAAAUUUCUCUUUAGAAUUUAAAUUUAUUUUUUGCUGGAGUUAGAAAUUGUGAAUUUUAAUGUAGAGAGGGAGUUCAAGUGUUGUUGAUACUAUGAUUUCCAGUUCCUUAAUGUAGUUGUUUUUUUAACA